AUGCCACUUGAUUGGAAGAGGGAGGGCGUGCAGUUCGCCAUCCGCAACUGCGGGCGCGUGCUGAUCGGCGACGAGAUGGGCCUUGGCAAGACCGUGCAAGCCAUCGCCACGGCGUGGGUGUUUCGGCACGAGUGGCCGCUCCUCAUCAUCGUGCCGUCGAGUGUCAAGGGCAGCUGGAUCGACGAGCUGGAGAAGUGGCUGCCGACGCUGCAGCCCAUGGACUUUAACGUCGUGCGAUCCGGCACUGACGUUGCCCACCUUGACCGCCGCAUCACUCUCGUCACAUACGGGCUGCUGCAGCAAGCGGUGUUGGCUGCGCGCAUCGCUGAGGCCGGCUUCAAAGUCAUCAUCGUGGACGAGUCCCACUACGUCAAGAAUCGCAAGGCCAAGCGCAGCAAAGUGAUUGUGCCAUUGUUGCAGCAGUCACGGCGCUGUCUUCUUCUCAGCGGUACUCCCGCCCUCUCUCGACCAGAGGAGCUCUACUGCCAACUCGACGCAUUGUGUGCUGGACAUUUUGGAAGCUUCACCGCUUACGCGCGUCGAUAUUGCAACGCAAAGAUGGGUCGCUUUGGCUGGGACACAAAGGGCGCAUCCAACCUGGACGAGCUGCACGCGCGAUUGCGAUCGGGAAUUAUGAUCCGGCGCCUGAAGAAGGAUGUGCUGAGUCAGCUGCCCCCAAAGCGACGACAGCGCGUGACUGUGGAGGUGACGAACAAGAAGUUGUGCAAGCUGCUGGAGGCCGGCUUCAACGAAUUGAAACGUUUGGAUUCAGACCCAAACACACAGCAGUUUGAGAGCCAUAGGCUCCUGCAAUCGCUCUUUCAUGACACAUCAACCGCCAAGAUGGACUCGGGCAUGUGCGAUGCUGGCGGGAAGUUUCUUGUGUUUGCAUAUCACCUGAACAUGCUCAAGGCGCUUGAGGAAGCAGUGGCGUCACAAGGGGUGGAGUACAUUAUGAUUGUUGGCGAAACGCCUGUGCACGAGCGACACGAUAUGGUGAAGAAGUUUCAGGCAAGCAACCGCUGCCGCGUUGCAAUCCUGAGUCUGCUGGCUGCAUCACAGGGGAUCACGCUCACGGCCGCAUCCACUGUUGUCUUCGCUGAACUGCACUGGACACCGGGAAUCAUCGAACAGGCCGAGGAUCGGGCACACCGCAUCGGACAAACAGACACAUCUGUCAACAUUCACUACCUUGUUGCACCAAACACGCUUGAUGAUAUUCUCUGGUCCACACUCUCACGCAAAGUCGGUGUCGUGAGCACAACUCUCAACGGAGAGAGAUCUCGCCUCGUUGCAAACAAAUCACGCGCGGACAAGAGCUUGGCGCCCAUCACACAGAAGAACGAUUUGCGCCUCUUCUUCAGUCCCACCCGCGCUGCUGCCACGCACGAUCCGCCACUAUCAUCAUCAUCAACAUCACCAUCGACCACCUCAUCCACGUCUACAACAGCGACGACACCAGCGGCGAACGCUACACCCGGAGCGAUGUGGGCGUGCACAGCGUGCACGUAUCGCAAUGCGCCAUCCGCAAAGAAGAGGUGCAGCAUGUGCGGCUCAGCUCGUCCACGUCAACGAACCAGAAACAGCAGCCACAGUAGUGAUGCGCGCGAGAGCAGUGCAGCACGGUUGUCGCCAGUGUCAUCACCACCAUCGUCACCCGGUGCGAACGAAGCACAGCGCCCCAGUAAUGGCACCAGCGGUGUGAAGAGGAACAAGAAUGGCCGUGGCGAUGGUCAUGAUGGCGGUGUUGAUGGUGAUGAUGUCAGCACCAUUGGCAGCGGCACCAACCGGUCAACUGCGGUUGACGCGGCAAACAUGCGCGGCGGGAGCGUGGCCCCGUCACCCAGCAAUCCGCCUGGCAUGAGCCGGUUCCAGUUUUGCAUGAGUGCACACACGGGCCGCGUUUGGUUGUACAAUCGCGAAGGGAAACCGCUCCAUGUCAACUUUCACCCACAGGACUUUGUUCACGGCAACAUGGAUGCUCUCCCUGCAAUGGUGAAAUCACCGCACGCGCAGCCGGAGAUUGCGUACUUCUUGCGGGAAUACCGGAGCCUCCGUCCGAUUCAGCAGAAGACGAUUGCAAACAUCGUCAUGCCAGAUGUGAAGACGGGCCUGGAACGGGCACGUGCGAUGAUGAGUGGCAGUACCACGAGUGGUGGCUCAAUCUCCACAUUGGUUCGGAGUAAGAGUGCAGGCAGUGGUGGCAGUGGUGGUGCAGUGACACCAGGCGGCAGCACGACCCGGUUCACGUCGCCGACUGCGUUUGGGUCUGCUCCAGAACAAGCACGGCGGAAACGCAGCACGAAGCCAGCAACACCAACGCUGCACCAGUUUUGCACCCCGUGUGUGUUUGUGUGUGUGUGUGUGGGGGGGGGGGGGGAGACGGGCAGUGGCGGUGCGGUUCGGCGGCGGUUGCUUGAAUUGGAAGGCGGCGUCUGCCAGCUCUGCCGCGUCGAUGCACACGCACUGUACAAGCACGUGCGCGCUCUCGGUGGGUCACAUCACAUCACACGUCAUGUCGCGGAAAGCUGUUCUGUCCUCCACUGCGUUCAACACGCUCAGCACAGCCAAGUAAGGCCACUCAUCCAGUGUGUAUGGAGAACAGCAGAUCACAUUAUCCCCGUCUGCGAAGGCGGCGGUGAAUGUGACUUGUCAAACUAUCGUACUCUCUGCACGCCGUGUCACGACAAGGAAACGAAGAAGCUCGCCAAGAACCGCUCUCAGCGCGCACUGCGCGAAGCGGCCAAAACCUCCAAGGACAUUCGCGGUUUCUUCUCUCCACCACCCAAAUGA